UGUUUAAUAUAAUUAAAAAUACUCAGUUGAACUAUAAAACAUAGAUUCUAUGCUGAUACUAUUAAAAAGCCUAAUGAUAAUAACAAUAAAACUUUUUGAAAGAGAAAAUUUAGAGUUUAAUAUACUCAUCAAACAACCUAAUAAUAUAAACAAUUGAUUUGCAGAUUUAUACUUCUUUGAAAUUGUGCCUAUCCUUUAUUUUGCAAGUAUUCAAUUGCACCUGCCCCUCAAUGACUGUACUGCCAACUUCACUUUUAUAAUAUUGUCCCUGUAAUGAUUUAAAUGUUGCCAUAUCAAUUUAUUAACUAGUCUGAAACCAAUAUUAUUUUGCAAAUUAUUUAAAGCAAUUGUAUACUAUUAUUAGCAUUAAACGUUCCCUAAUUAGUCAAAGAAUUCCUUGCAAAUUUUAGCAUGCAACAUGCAUCAUUGAAUCUAUUAAGGAAUUAACUUCUAAAUAAGCAGUAAAUAACAAUAAAUUUAGUAUUUACAUUUGAAAUCAUCAUUGUUAUUAAGAUUAAAACUAUGACCUAAUUUUUUGAAAAAUCACACUCCAAAUACAAAUUCAAAUCUUAAAAAGGCAACUUAAAAAUAGCAAAAAUUACAAUAGCUUAGUUCAAAAAUAGUUUGGACUUAUAAUACAUAACAACAAAAAUACACAUUUAAAACACUUUGUUAAACUUACAGUUCUUAAAAACAUGCACUUCUCUAGCUAAAUAUGAUUUUUAGAACCAUCAUCAAAAUCAACAUUUUCUGAAUAUUUUCUUUUACUUGAUUUUCUAAUAGCCAUAAAAUUGAAUAUUAAACACCAAUCAUGGAGCUAAUAUCACAUUUCUCUACUUCCAAUUUUAAAAAUGAAUAAACUUCACUUAACAAUGAAUAGAACUCAUCUAGCUACAGAUUGAAGAUAUUAAAUAAAUAACAGAAUAAAGUUUUUAAAAAAUAAUACAUUACAUCAAAACACAUUUGCACACAACUUUCCAAAUGUUCUACAUUUAUGUUUGUUCGUGCAACAAUAAAUGUAAUGGAUGUACCCACCAACAUGCUGUUCUUCCAGUUGAUUAGCAGUUUCAUCAGAUGAAGGAACUUUUUUUUUUUUCAUAUUAUAGAGCAGAGUUUUUAAAGAUUUAAUUUUAAGGUCUCGUUUCUUCAAACGUUUUUGUAAUUUUUUUAUUUUACUACGUAAAACUCGUUUUGAUGAUUUUGAAUCACAUUGUUUAAGUGUGUAUUCUGAACCGUCCUACACAAAUAUAUUAAUAAAUUAAUGUAUAAUAUUUAUUAUAAUGAAAAAUAUACAAACCAAUAACUCUGGUGAAGAUACAACUGGAACCACUUCAUUGUCAACUAAUGGGUCGGUUGAUCGACUAGUACUUGCAGGUAUUUCCUGAACACUGAAUUCGCUUAUCUGAAACAAAAAUACUCAUUUAUUGAGUUAUUGGUUUCAUAACUAAUAAUAUGUACAUCUACCGUAGGUCUUGGUAAUACAGGUUGUUUAAAUGUCAAAUUUUCUUGUAAAUAACUUGGAAAAUAUUUGAAUACAGUUGGAAAUGCAUCAUUUUUUAAAAAUUUAACUUCUGUCCCUGGUUGAAUUUCAUAGUCAUCAAUAAUAAAAUGUUCACUACACAAAAAGCUGUACACAGUGGGCUUAAAGUCAUUUAUUUUCAUUUCACUCAUCCAUUUAUUAAGUAAUUCAGGAUUCUCCAGUGGAAAUCUAUAUAUUUAUAUAAAAAGUUAUUAAUAUUAUAAUAUAUUAAAUACUAUUGUUCAAUUAAAAUAAGUAGUUACCUAUGAAACUGAAUAGGUAUAUCUUCAUGGUACUUGUUGGCACAUUUAAAUGCUGAGCAUGCCAUCACCAUUUUUGUAUAUGUAAUGCAAAAUACAGAUUAUAUUAAGUAUCUUAGAUCAAUUAAUAUAUUACUUACUACUUUAGAGCUAAGAGUAAUUAAUAUAUUAUGAUCUAAGAGAUUAUGACAAAAAUUAAAACCUCUACAGUCUACACUAGUAAAAAACAAAAAUGAUUCCAGGCUCCGGUUUUGUAAUUUUGGUAUUGAUUAUUUUUAUGGGUGCCGGGCACAGGUAAGUAUAGUGUAGAUAUAUGUGGUGCUGGGUGGUUGUUCAAAAAGGGAUGGGUAAAGUCAUUGGGUAAAUAAUAUGUACAGACAUACGGUACUCCCGAUUUUGAUAACAGCGAACCUGACAUUUUUAUAACCAGUGAUAAUAUUUUAUAAAUUGAUAAUAUGAUUAAAUUUCCCGCACUUUUAUGUUCUCCAGUAAAUUGAUAAAAAUAUUAAAAUCAUAUCAAUCUUGUAAUUAAUUGAAUACUUGUUACUUGUAGGCUGAAGUAAAACACAAAAUAAUUUAUUUAAAUAUGUCUCAAAACAGUCAAAGCUCUCAAAAUAGGUAAGAAUAUUAUAAAUAGAGCUUAUAAACUAGUAUAGAAAUAUUAUAAUAUAGUUAGUGUAUUAUAUUUAUUUAGUACCUAUGUAAGAACUGCUGAAGAUGUUCAAAAAGUCAUUGAACAUGCAAAACUUUCAGUAGACAAUCUUAGACCAAACGUACAAAACAUUUAUUUUGGUGAAAAGUUUGAAAACUACAAAUUGUUGGAGUUAGACGAACACAUCCUGUCAGAUCUUAAAUGUGGUUCAACGUAUGUACCUGUUGAUUAAAAAAUUGUUUGUUGAAUAUUUAAAGUUGAUAAUCAGAUUAUAUAUAAUCUGAUAUAAUAGCUAUAGUUUUGUUUUGAUCUAUACUUUUUAGCAACUCCUUAAUCAAAACUAAAAUGUAACUUAUGUGUAUAAUACGGUAUAUUUGAAUUCACUUUUGUGUUAUAUUAGUGUGGUCUUUAAAGGCGAUCGAAAAGAAUCUGCUGUGUUGUGUACUGAAACUAAGACCUAUGAUGUUAAAGAAGCUGAAACCUCAAAUUCAAUUUUAUUACUCCCUGAAUUAACAUUCCCCGAUGAAGAGUCUAGCAACACAGAACUUAGUAGUAGAAAAGUAAUAUUAGUGUAUUAUGUAAAUAAAGAUAUCUUAUAUUUUUUUAUAUUAUUAUUUAUAAUUGCAGGUUGUUGGUAUAUUCCAUACAUAUUAUGAAGUGAAAUCUUGUAAACCGCGACUGAAAAAAUUAAGAAAUUUAUUAGAAAAAUGUAGCUAUAAAGGAUCUGAACUUGAACACACAGUAUUAGAAACUAACGAAAUGUUUACUUUUGAACAUUUGUCUGCUAUAAUACAAGCUAGUGAUGUUCAACUAAAAAAUGCUCUUUUAGACAUGGGUGCAUUUCAAAUUAACGGUAAUACAUAUGAAAAUACUAAGAAUUGUACAAUAAUGUUAUAAAAAACAAAAUUUAAUAACAUGUACAAGUUUAUUGCGAUGAAAUAUUAAAUUAUUACUAAUUAUAUAGGUUAUUGGAGAGUUUUAGAUUUUGAAUAUGAAUGUAGAGCUUUAUCAUUUUUAUUAAAUUUGAUCGAUGAUCAGUCUUGGCCUUAUAAUACAAUACCUGUGGAUGAAACAUUUAAAAUUCUCGGCGAACUAUUACCUACAGUAAUAUUGCAACACAUUUUAGAUCAAUAUAGUACUUGCUGUGUAUCAUCAAAUUUAAGUAAGUAUCAUCUAUUAAUUUUGUUCAAUUAAUAUAGUUUUUAUUUUUAUAGCUAGUUUACAUAAAUUACUUUAAUAUAUUGUACAUAGUUUAGAAUAAAAAAUAAAUACAAUGGAAACUGGUUUAAAAUUAAAAUAUUUUUAAAUAUUGUGGUUAAGGUAUUUAAAGUAUCAUAAAUACAUUAAAGCUGGACUAUAUAAAUAAUCAUUGCUUAUUUAACAGAAUUCAAAAUAAUUUAAUUUGAUUAGUUAUGUUUCAAUUUUUUUUUUUUCUACAUUGAACUAGAUAAUUUGAAAAACUGCCGUUGUCAAAUAACAUUUGUGUUUAUUGAAUACAUAUUAUCUCUUAUCUUGUAAGUCUAAGUGAUCACAAUCUAAAAAUACGUCAAAUAUUUACCUUUACCUGAUAAAUAAUAUGCGAGAUAAUAUUAUGUAUGUUUUUAAAAAUUGAUGAGAAAGCUUAAGCUUUACACAUUCCAGAAAUAAUUGAAUUAUGUCAAUGUGUCAUAUACAUAAUUAUUAUUACAUAGUUUUAGAUUCCGAGCGUAGCGAGUGAACUAUUGGUUUUACAAUGAUGUUUAUUUUUAUUUUUUUUCUCUUCUAGUCUGUGGACACGUUAUUUCUUAGUUAACUUAAUCCGAUUUGUACGUAUAGCAACUUUUAUGAAAGCUCAAGUUGUCUAUAUUGUACUUUAAAGAGAUCAUUUUUUUGAUUUUCGAUGCCAUUUUUUAAAUAAAAGCACUUAAGUGGGAAAGAACAUAGGAAAACUUACAAUUUCACUAUUUCAUUAUUUUUAUAAAAACACAGAUGACGUUUUUUACCAGAAAAAAAAUUACUUAUUGAUUUAUACAUGUAUUUAUAUAUAUAUAUGAUUUAAUCAAAAAAUUACUAAAUACAUUUUUUGUUGCCUUUUUGAUUUACUUUCUAACAGUAUUAUUGCCAACACUUUUGAGCUUUUAAGGAAUUUUAAUUUUUGAGAGUUUUUGCUGUAAUUCAGUUAUAAAUACAUGUAGAGACUUAAAAAAUUGGUAAUAAUACUUACAUUGCACUUACCUAGACAUUAUAAAAUUUCAAAAAUUGUUGGACUUUUUUUCUUUUUAAUAAGCGUUCUGAAGUCAAAUUUAAAUGAAAAUCGCAAAAAUUAUGUAUAACCGAACUGCGUUUGGAAUUGUAUUACAUCAAGCAAUGGUUUAUCGUUGCUUACAGAUAUAAAUGAAAUAACCUUAUGUAUCCUACCUUCCCAACUUCUCACCUACUACAGUGGCUGCUCCCAUCCCCAGUAUCAGCUCUUUUUUUUUUUAAUAUUUACUUACUAUCUAUUGCAGGCAGACAAAUAAAAAUAUAGUAUUCACAAAAAGUAUUUACCUUUUCAGGUAAAUAUACAUAUUGGACACUCAUCAUUUUUACGUUCAAAAUAUACAAAUAUCUUAUCUCUUGGAUCCACUUUAAUACCUCUAUAUGAACAUUUAUUAAGGUUAGGCCAUUUAAUUAAAUUUUUUUCGGUAGCGUUUUGCAAAUGUUUUUACUCGUGUUAGAUUUGAGAACUUUCUCUCGGGAGGUUACAAAUUACAAGUUAACAUUUUCAUUUGUGUAUCAGCAGACAGCUAAUAAGACUUAUGCAACGAUCAUUUUUUAUCAUUGUUACCUUUUAAAAUAAUCUGGAUUUUCUGUGCUUCACGUUGUAAUCUAAAUUUAGAUUAUCCGAAUUGCGAGUAUAAUUUAAUAACUUAAAUGAUAAUGAAAAUGUUGAGUAUCAAGUUAAAAUAUCUCUUAGACAUUUAUUUUUCAAGUUUUAGUGAGAUAAUUGAAAAAUUUAGUUUAAUUUUAACAAUGUAAAAAUAAUGCAAUAAAUAAGAAGUUAGAACAGCAUUAACAAAAAUGAGAUUUUAAGUCAUGUGUUAUAUUACAUAUUACAUUAAUUGGUUAAUCUAAUUAUGUAGUUAUUAUAUUAUAACUUUUUGUUUGAUUUUUCUUUAGGUGAAACACAUAGAUCAUUAAUAGAAGAUAAAGUAUGUAAAUUUAUGGCUGUAGGGCUUUUACGUCCAUGUGACAAAUUUAAUUUAUCCGAUUUUAAGAUUGCCUGGCAAGGAAGUGUUCCCGAAGGUAAAUUUUCAGUAUUGUAAUAUUAUUAUAACAUAUAUUAAAAUAUUAUUAUGUAAUAUGUUUUUUUAUAGGUAUGACUACAAGUUUGAAACAGUUAAAUGGUACAGUACUUGUUGAUGAAUCUAGUCACCCACAAACCAUAUGUUAUUUCAAUGAACAUGACUUACCGGAUGAUGUAAUGGAUAGAAUGCAGUACUUGUUUCAAGUUCGAGAAAAAUGGACACUUGACGAAAUAAGACCAUUUCUCGAGUAAUAUUAUCAAACAACAACUAAUACCUAGUUAAAUAUUUUUUAAGACAUUGUUUUUCCUAGGAAUUUGUCUACUGAUAAAUUAAGUGUUAAUAGUCUAUUGGCCAAAUAUGCUAGAGCUUCUAAAGUAGAUGGAGUGCGGUAUUAUUCUGCCAAACACAGUUCAAAAUAAUCAGAUUAAACAUCAAAUUAUACCUAAAAGUAAAUAAAUCGGUAUUAUUAAAUUUUUGUGUAUUAAAGAAAUUUAUUUUUAAGUAUAUAUAAUUUAUUGUUGCCAUGGUAACAAAAUGUUUGAAUGAAUUUUUUCUUGUGUUGCUUAAUUUUAAGACUUUAAAUUGAUAAAACAAUACUGUAUACAUGUAUUCAAUUUAACUCAAAAAACUGUCCGUCUAAAGUAAAAAAAUAAAUUGUAAAUAUAUAUUAAUUUUAAAAUAUAUCUAUUAAUAUUAAUAUAAUAUAAUAUAUGAUGUAUAAAAAAAAAUUGUACAUAUUUAAAAACAAAAACAAGUUUUUAAUAAAAUAUUAAUAUGAAGUCGACUAACGACUUGCUAAAAUUUAAUAAGAGAACAAAAAUUACACAUUAUGACAGCCAACAAUUUAAUAAUUUAAAUAAUUAAAAAAAAAAAAAAAUACAUAUUUACAAUAUUAUUACAGUAAGUUAAUAUUUAUUAAACUUUAACAUUUACAUUCAAACUUCUUAAAUUAAUACUGACAAUUACAUAAUAUCAGCUACCCAUUAAAAGAAAAAUAAUAUAUAUUAUGUAUAUCAGUCUAUGGAUUUCGGUAAACAAUAAUAUUAAUCAUUAGUCUAAGACUGCUCAUUUAAUGAGUCUUAUCGUUAUUGUAUAAUAUAAAAAUUUGUAAUAUUAUUCUGUACUUAUUUGUCAUUAUACUUUUUUUUUUUAUUCAGGAACAAUGUGUUAUGUUAUAAUUAAAAUUUAAAUAGUUGUCGUUUGUGUCUUCGACAUACAGACUUGCAACAAGGAUCUGAACACGAAUUCCACUUGGGACAUUUUUUACGGUCACAUCUCACAUUUCCGUCCUGCAAAAAAUAUGCUAUUAAAAUAACACAAUACUCAGAAUUUAACUGAACACUCAAUUUACAUGGAAGUAUAAUUUAAAAGGGAUGAAUUAAACACAGAAAUGUAAUAAUCGGAAAAAUAAUAACAUUAAUAAUAAUCAUUGGUUUCUAAAAUAUUUUUGUUACUUUAUAAAGUAGACAUUUUCUUAUUGUACUUUUCCCCCCUGUAAUCUACCCGACAUAGUUUUGCACAAUAAAUUAAAGUUUAUUUUGCGAAAUGAGUUUGCAUUUAACUAAGUUGGCGAGUGAAGCGAUCCACAUGGUCAACUGGAAACCAGAGUCAUAUCUAGGGAGGCACAAGAGGUUCACAUUUACUAGUCGCUUAUGACCACGGAACACCAGUGAUCAGAGAAUCGCCAAUAAAAGUGUUAAAAGUUCUGCAAUUAAAUAUUUUUAUGAUAAAUGUUUGAGUAAACGCAGACAGACAGGUUUUAGCAUAUUUAUAGCAUUAUGAUGGUGAUGAUUUUUUCUACUUAUUGGUACAUUUUCGUGGAACCUGGUGCAAAUUUUGCUACGCAUGGUAUUAUUUGGGACCAUUGAUUUCAUAAGCCUCCUUGAUUAAAUCCAUUGCUGAAUUUGGUAGGUACGGUUACAUUUCAUGAAAUUAUGUUGCUUAGUUAGGUACUUGUCUACAGGUUUUUGUAGUUUAAAAGAUUAAAAUAUUCUAUCAAAUUAUUGGCUAUUUGUAUUGAUAUAAAAUUAACUAUACACGAAUGAGUCAAUUAUUUCGUGUUCAAUUUUCAUUGGAAGAUAUGAAUUUAUUAAAUUUGAUAACUUAUUGUCAUUCAUAUUAUUUAUUACGAAUACUGUACGUCAUUAAAGUUACAUACUUUGCAUUUACAAUUAAUGCAUUUGACUUCACCGUGCGAGUAUAUUUUGGGAUGCCAUUCUUGGCCGUUUUCGUACGGUCCUCCGACGGGAUAACUGCACCCCCCGUUGGCCAAUAUUUCCGAUUCCGAAUUGACUUCACCGUUCAUCUGUUGGUCGCUCAAGGCGAGUUGAACGAGCGGACCCGUCGGUUUGGAGGUAGUUUGCAACGAGGACGGACAAACUUUACAACAUGAACGUUUUGUCUGCCGUAUAGCUAUUCUCUGGUCACAUUCCAACGGCGGACAAUCCAUCCGUUGGCAUUUGAUUUUUAACGAUGUAUUCUGGAAAAAAGUACAACAUAUUCGGCGAGGAUUAUUAAUCGCUUUUUCUUUCCUUGUUGAAUUAUUAUAAUAAUACUCACGUUACAAUGACACAGGGUACACGUAUCGAAACCGUUCGGAGGUAAAUACGGAUGCCAACUGCUGCCGGCUUGAAACUGUUGGCCGGCUAGCGAACACGAAUUGGUCGAGUUGUUUUGAUUUUCCGACGCGUUUGCUAUUAUGAG